AAACGACAAACGAACCACCCCUCGAACUCUCAACAAUAACCCUCUCUCCCCCCCCCUUUCUCCCUCCAAUUGGUCUCUCCUCUUUUCUCUUCUUCCUGAUACUCGGAAAGUCUCGAAAACAGAAGCGAAAAUGUUCCGCACUGCCGCCCUCCGCACAGCCGCCUCGGCCGUCCGCGCCGUCGCCCGACCCGUCGCCAUCCGAAGAACAGCUGCUGCUGCUGCCUUUGCCGCUCCUCGCGCCGCUGCUGCUGCUCCCCUGCGCAUCCAACAGAGCGUCAUGGGGGUGCGCAUGUACAGCGCCGGCGGUGGCCUGAACAAGGAGGAGGUUGAGGGCCGCAUCAUGAGCCUUCUGCAGGGAUUCGACAAGGUCAACGACGCCGCCAACAUCAAGCCCACCGCCCACUUCGCCAACGACCUCGGCCUCGACAGCCUCGACACCGUCGAGGUCGUCAUGGCCAUUGAGGAGGAGUUUAGCAUCGAGAUUCCCGACAAGGACGCCGACAGCAUCCACUCCAUUGACAAGGCCGUCGAGUACAUCCUCAACCAGCCCGACGCUCACUAAAUCCGCCUUCCCCGAACCCGCACGACUCUGGAAAAUUUUCACUUGGGGCACCUUAGUUCUUUCCACCCUUUCACACCCUCGCUCGCUAUUUGACUCGAACAAUUCGCCCGCUCCUGGAUUAUUACCCGGAUAAAGAACGAGCUCUGGAUCAUGGGAUGGGAGAUAUCGAGACGCAAAACUACGAACAAACAUGUAAAAAAAAGAAAACAGGGCGAAAUCGUUUGUUUAAUCGCAAAAAAACUUCCAACUUAUUCUUCUCUAAAUCUGUUGGAGGGAAUACACGGGGUGUUUGGUUCAAGGCAGUUCAGUGAUUUCCAGGCUCGGACGGACGGAACGGGUGCAAAGAAGGGCGUGUUGAAGCGUGUUGGAAGUGUUAGAUCGGGUAGGAAAUCAGGGGGAAAAGAAAAGAAGAAAAACAAAAGAAGCCGGCUGUAUUGAUGGGUGGGUGGUCUGGAGAAGCUGUUAAAAAAGGCAAGGAGGCUUUUUUCCCCUUGGGCAGCUUCAUCCCUUGUACUAGUGUAUAGAAGAAUCAUGUUACUCUCC